ACCAAGGCAACUGAGCGGUGCCGGCGUAAGCGGGGAAGGCGGCGUACGUCGAAUUUUUGUCUGCUAGCUCAAGUGACCCUCCUUGAGCUUCCAGCCCCAGAGACAAACGGCCUCUGCUCCAGGCAGUACCUCUUCCCCUGGGGACCAUGGGCCGGAUCUCGGGGCUCGUGCCCUCUCGCUUUCUGACGCUCCUGGCGCAUCUGGUGGUCGUCAUCACCUUAUUCUGGUCCAGGGACAGCAACAUCCAGGCCUGCCUGCCUCUCAAAUUCACCCCUGAGGAGUAUGAGAAGCAGGACAUUCAGCUGGUGGCAGCGCUCUCUGUCACCCUGGCCCUCUUUGCAGUGGAGCUGGCUGGUUUCUUCUUAGGAGUUUCCAUGUUCAACAGCACCCAGAGCCUCAUCUCCAUCGGGGCUCACUGUGGUGCAUCUGUGGCCCUGGCCUUCUUCAUAUUUGAGCGUUGGGAGUGCACCACGUAUUGGUACAUUUUUGUCUUUUGCAGUGCCCUCCCAGCUGUCACCGAAAUGACAUUAUUCAUCAGUGUCUUUGGGCUGAAAAAGAAACCUUUCUGAUACCUUCGUGACUGGAAGUAGGGAUGAAGGCUGAAGCAGUGAAGGACCACUCACCCUUUCUGGAAGAGGAAGGCUUCAGCCCUACUUCUAACACUGCAUUUAGUGAAGGAUGUCAGUGUUAGGGUAAUUAUCUCUCGAGUCUGGGAUUAUCUGCGUUUUGUUUACAGUCCUUUGUAAUAAAAUAUAUUUUAGGAUAAGAUCAAAACUUACAGAAAUUUUACAGGAAUUCCCUGGCUGUCCAGUGGUUAGGACCCAACGCCUCCACUGCAGCAGUCACGGGUUCAGUCCCUGGUGGAGCAACCAAGAUCCUGAAUGGUAGGCAGCGUGGCCAAAAAAAAAAAAAAAGAAAUCAAGACAAAAAUUUCAGGAGAAAAUUGGGGUGGCCAAACUGCUAUAGAAAUGGAAGGCUGUUUUCCAGCCUUGUACUGUUAAGACACUAAAUGUCGCUUCUAUUUUAGUUAUUACGGUAGAUUUUUGGCGGAAGGGAGUGGGCGGAGAUAUGUAAAUAAGGUGAUGCUUAAGGGUAGUACCUCGAGCUCUUUAAGAGAGUGAAGCAUUCUGGGAGGGAUUAGCGUUUGCUAUUUUGACAGCCAAAUGGAAAAAUAUAUUUAAAAACAUCUGCAAAUAAAUUGAACAACAGAAGUGGAA